ACCGCACCGAUACCCUACUUCCCUCAGUUCACACCGCGACUUCAAACCACACUAAAAUGUCUCCAAAAAUCGAACAACUGACCGAAAGUUUUCUUCUUGGUGAAGGCCCCCACUGGGAUGUUGCAACGCAAAGUCUUUAUUUCGUCGACUGUAUCAGACAAAAUCUGGUAAAAUACAAUCCUACAACAAACAAGGUCACCAAAGCAUCAGCCGCACCAAAACAACCGACAUUUAUCAUACCGGUACAAGGCAAAAGUGAUCAUUUUAUUAUAAGUCUGGACAAAGAAUUAGCGAUUGUUAAUUGGGAUGGCGAAAGUGAUAAAUUUACUAUUGUUCAAAAAUUAUGUGUUGCGGAUGGAGGGCCUGGAACGGCCCAGAAUAAAUUCAAUGAUGGGAAGUGUGACUCUUCGGGCAGACUGUGGGCAGGGACUCUUAAUAUUGACAAGGAAGAUGAAGACAAGACACUCCCAGUCGGUACUUUGUACAGUUUUGAUUCUAAACGUGGUUUAAAAGGACACAUAAGCCAAGUGAGACUCACAAACGGCAUUGCUUUUAACGACCAAACUAAAAAAAUGUUUUAUAUUGAUACACUAAAAGGAACAGUCGACCAAUUCGACUUUGAUGUAACCAGUGGUGAAAUUUCCAACAGAAAAGUCUGGUUCACUCUCAAUCAAAAUAACAUCUCUGGAAAACCCGAUGGUAUGACUAUUGACACUGAUGGUAAUUUAUGGGUGGCAGUUUUUCAAGGAAGUCGAGUCAUUAAAAUCGAUGGGCACACACCUGAGACUUUGCUAGACACCAUAGAAAUGCCUGCCCAACAGGUGACUUCAGUAGCUUUCGGAGGACCAAAUUUGGACGAAUUGUAUGUUACUACUGCGUCUUUUGAAUAUAAGGGCCGGACUCCGCCACCCCCGGUCAAUGGGGCCUUGUAUAGAAUCACAGGGACCGGUUCUAAAGGCCUUCCAGCUAAUAAUUUUAAACUAAACUGAUUUUUCCCAUUGACAUGAAAAAAUAAAUUCGAGUAAAACCGGACAAUUUUUUUUUUCUAUACUUCUAUGAUUUAUAGACGACAUAAUUAUCGUCAAGUUUGCUAUUGUUGGACUUAUUUUAACCUUGCUUGUCGCUACGUGAAAAUUAUCAUUUAUCUUGUUUACAAACGUUUGAGAUAUUUAUAACAUCAAAACAUCAUAUAUCGUUCUACUAUCGACAAGAAUAUCAGAGGAAAUUACGUAUGUUAAAAAAAAAACUGAAAAAUUAUAUAUUUUUUUAAGUGUUAACGGAAAUAAGGGACCAGUGCAGUAACACUCGGGUAUCAUUUUAGCUUUGAUGAAGUAAUGUAAUAAAUGCUGAUACUAUUAGUCAUAUUAAAAUUUAAUUAACGUCCGAUUAUGUACAAAUGCCUACAAGUAUUCUGUAAUUGUUUCAAAUUAACAUACGAAUUAGUAAAAACAAAAAUCCCAGUGUCAUGCCUAAUUGUAUCUAUAAUUACCUCUAGUGUUUAGAUAAUUGUAUAAGUGUUUAAUUGUGUUUUAUUACUGUAAACACAUUUUUAUUUUGUUUAAAUACUGUAUUAUUAAUUAUUCAUUAUAGAUAAAAUUUUAAAAUAUAAAAAUAUAUUUUCUCAAUACUUAAACUUUA